AUGUCGCGUCCGACUGAAGAAAGAAAUCAAGAUGCCACUGUAUACAUUGGAAACCUUGACGAACGCUGUACAGAAGCUUUGAUUUGGGAGCUAAUGCUUCAGGCUGGCCCAGUUGUUAACGUCCAUUUACCGAAGGACCGUGUUACUCAAACGCAUCAAGGUUAUGGAUUUUGUGAGUAUAUGAGCGAAGAAGAUGCUGAUUAUUCUAUAAAAAUAAUGAAUCAAAUUAAACUAUAUGGAAAACCUAUUCGUGUCAAUAAGGCAACUUCUGAUAAAAAGAACUUGGAUGUUGGCGCUUCAUUAUUCAUCGGCAAUCUGGAUCCCGAUGUUGACGAGAAAAUGUUAUAUGAUACCUUUAGUGCAUUCGGUGUUAUUGUGCAGACUCCUAAGAUCGCAAGGGAUCCAGAUACUGGAAAUAGUAAAGGGUAUGGCUUUAUUUCUUACGAUAAUUUUGAUUCAUCCGAUGCUGCAAUCGACGCUAUGAACGGUCAAUAUUUGAUGAAUAAAUCGAUCACCGUAUCAUAUGCAUUCAAAAAGGAUGGUAAAGGAGAGAGACACGGAAGUGCCGCUGAGCGUUUGUUGGCUGCACAAGCCAAAAAGAACCAAAGUUUACCGAACCGUCUCUUUGCUGACAUUCGACCGCUAGCUCCUCAGCCAAUCAUAGCAGCACGACCAAUCGCUCCUAAUCCUCCAAUCGUUAGUGCAUUGUCACGACCUGUUGCAUUACCAUCACAAAUGG